GCCAUGACGCAGCGGAGCUCGAGGCAGAGGGCGGAGCCUCCCUCCUCCAGCGGGCUGUCCGUGCAGAGUGACUGCUCCAAAGACAAACCCCCAGAGUUUGGUUGUGAACCUGGACCUACUGUCACACCAGGUCAGCAGCACAGGCAGAGAGCAGAGCCUCCAGCCUCCAGCUGUCCGUCUAUGAGGAGUGACCGGUCUAAAGACAAACCUCCAGAGUUCAGUCCUGAUCCUGGACCUUCACACACAAAGAGCAGUGAGGCUGUGGAGGAGCAGCUGUCCUGCUGUGCUUUGUGUCAGGAGGUCCUGAGGGAUCCAGUCUCCACCAGCUACUCUGCCUGUCCCCAGUGUGGAGAAAGAUCCAGAACAAGACCUGGACUGCAGACACCCAGUCAAACCAGCCCAGUGGACGGUGGUCUGCAGGAGGUUUUAGACGAGCAUAAGAUCAGUCUGAGGAGGAGAUGUGAAUUUGUGACAGAAGGAACUGCUGCAGCAGGAAGUGGAACCCCCCUCAACAGGAUCUACACUGAGCUCUACAUCACACAGGGACGGAGGGAAGGUGUUAAUACCCAACAUGAGGUGUGGCAGCUGGAGACAACAUCUAAGAGGGCGACCCUCCAUGACACUCCAAUCAGGUGCCAGGACAUCUUUAAACCCUUACCUGGCCAAGACACACACAUCAGAGUAGUUGUGACGCAGGGCGUUGCUGGGAUUGGAAAAACCUUCUCAGUGCAGAAGUUCACUCUGGACUGGGCAGAGGGCUUGGAAAACCAACAUGUCAGUCUUGUGGCUCUGCUUUCGUUCCGGGAGCUGAACUUGAUCAAAGAUGAGCGCUACAGUCUUCUCCAGCUGCUCCGUGUUUUCCAUCCAACAUUACAGACGGUCACAGCAGAGAAGCUCGCCGUCUGUGAAGUCGUGUUCAUCUUUGACGGCCUGGAUGAAAGCAGGUUUUUAUUGGAUUUCCAGAACAAUGAGGUCGUGUCUGAUGUCACACAGACGUCAUCAGUAGACGUGCUGUUGACAAACCUCAUCAAGGGGAACCUGCUUCCCUCGGCUCUCCUCUGGAUAACUUCCAGACCUGCGGCGGCCAAUCAGAUCCCUCCUACAUGUGUGGACAGGGUAACAGAAGUCCGAGGGUUCACUGACCUCCAGAAGGAGGAGUACUUCAGGAGGAGAUCCAGUGAUGAGGAGCUGUGCAGCAGAAUCAUCUCACACAUCAAGGCGUCCAGGAGCCUCCACAUCAUGUGCCACAUCCCAGUCUUCUGCUGGAUCACUGCUACAGUUCUGGAGCACAUGUUGACUACAGACCAGAGAGGAGAGCUGCCCAAGAGCCUGACUGACAUGUACUCACACUUCCUGCUGGUUCAGACACAGAGGAAGAAGCACAAGUACGAUGAGAGACGUGACAGGAGUCAGCAGGAGCUGAUGGAGACUGACAGGGAAGUUCUUCUGAAGCUGGGCAGGCUGGCGUUUGAACAUCUGGAGAAAGGCAACCUGAUGUUCUACCAAGAAGACCUGGAGGAGUGUGGUCUUGAUGUCAGAGAGGCCUCGGUGUACUCAGGAGUGUGCACAGAGAUCUUCAAAACCGAGUGUGUGCUCUUCCAGAGAAAAGUCUACUGCUUUGUUCAUCUGAGCAUUCAGGAGUUUCUCGCUGCAGUCUACAUCUUCCACUGCUACACCAACCAGGACAUGAAGGUACUGAACACAUUCCUUGGAGGCAGCUCAGACUAUAAAGAUAGUGAAUCAUCCGUGGAUAUAUUCUUGGAGGAGGCCAUGUUUAAAGCCUUGUGUAGUGAAACUGGCCAGUUGGACCUUCUUGUCCGCUUCCUUCAUGGCCUCUCACUGGAGUCCAACCAGAGGCUCUUAGUAGGCCUGCUGGGUCAGACAGAGAGCAGACCAGAAGAGAUCCAGAGAGUCAUCAACAACCUGAAGGAGAUGAACACCUACAGUUCCUCUCCAGACAGAAGCAUCAACAUCUUCCACUGUUUGAUGGAGAUGAACGACCUCUCAGUACAUCAGGACAUCCAAGAGUUCCUGAAGUCAGAGAACAGAUCAGGGAAGGAACUCUCUGAGAUCCACUGCUCAGCUCUGGCCUACAUGCUGCAGAUGUCAGAGGAAGUUCUGGAUGUGUUGGACCUGAAGGCGUACAACACAUCAGUGGAGGGACGAUGGAGACUGAUCCCAGCUGUGAGAAACUGCAGGAAGGCUCGACUGAGUUACUGCACCUUGUCAGAGAGCAGCUGUGUUUCUCUGGCCUCGGCUCUGAAGUCCAGCCCCCAUCUGACAGAGCUGGACCUGAGCGACAACAAGCUGCAGGAUUCAGGAGUGAAGCUGCUGUCUGCUGGACUGGAGAGUCCAAACUGCAAACUGAAGACUCUGAGACUGAGUGACUGCUGGUUGUUGGAGAACGGCUGCUCUUCUCUGGCCUCGGCUCUGAAGUCCAACCCCUUCCACCUGAUGGAGCUGGACCUGAGUGAGAACCUUCUGCAGGAUUCAGGAGUGGAGCUGCUGUGCGACGGACUGGAGAGUCCACACUGCAGACUGGAGACUCUCAGACUGCGCUGGUGCAGCUUGACAGAGAGCAGCUGUGUUUCUCUGGCCUCGGCUCUGAAGUCCAACCCUUCCCAUCUGACAGAGCUGGACCUGAGCGACAACAAGCUGCAGGAUUCAGGAGUGGAGCUGCUGUCUGCUGGACUGCAGAGUCCAAAAUGUAGACUGGAGACUCUCAGACUGAGUGACUGCAGGUUGACCGAGAGCAGCUGUGCUUCUCUGGCUUCAGUUCUGAAGUCCAGCGCCCAUCUGACAGAGCUGGACCUGAGUGAGAACCAGCUGCAGGAUUCAGGAGUGAAGCUGCUGUCUGCUGGACUGGAGAGUCCAAACUGCAGACUGAAGACUCUGAGGUUGAAAAACUGUAACAUCACAGAUGAAGGCUGUGCUUCUCUGGCCUCGGCUCUGAAGUCCAACCCCCAUCUGACAGAGCUGGACCUGAGUGAGAACCAGCUGCAGGAUUCAGGAGUGAAGCUGCUGUCUGAUCUGGUGGAGAGUCCAAACUGCAGCCUGAAGACUCUGAGAUGCCCGUCAUCUCACACUGGAUCCAAACACAGCGAGCAGAAACCUCCGUCUGUCUGAGGACAACAGAGAUCGUCCAGGGAUUUGACCACCAUCGUCACGAUCAUCACCAGAUUUAUUGUGAACUGUCAUAAACUACCCAAUGUUUAAUUAAACAUUUCACAUUUGAAUUGUUAUGGUAAUCAUUUUUCCCCCAACGAGCGUAUAUUUUCCUCCAAAAUGAUGGCAUACAACAACGUCCAAAUAAGAAGU